GCAAAAUAGCUUAAGAUCCGCCAAGCGCUUGCUCUAGCCAAUCAGAAACAUGAAAAUGACUGCUGAGCAAACAUCCACGUGACUAGCCCAAUCACCGACCUCGCUUUGUUGUAACCCGACACAAAUACGAACGACAGAACGGAUAGACAGGUAGAAGACAGGAAAUUGUCGACAGCCAUUGACCAGUGCUUCUUCUUGUGGGAGCCGUCCCCCACCUCAUAUACCGUGCCAAAGUCGAGGCACGAACCAUUUUGUGCGUAUCUCGAUAGAUAACCUACAUCCGUGGCCAUGGCUUCCUCGCUCACAUUCCUUGCUCGGCAUGCGCCCAAAAGGCUAUGUCUCGCCCCCUCAUCCUCCUCCGCAUUCAGAGUUUCCUCAAUCGCAGGACUGAGAUCAAUAUCUACCUCACCCGCUCUUCAUGCCACUCCUGCCUAUCGGCCUACUAGACUCAUCCCUACGGAUCCGGAAUUCGCACCGGGCGGGCCAAAAUAUCAGCCCAACAAGCCGCCAGGUUCAUACGCUGAACCCGCAGCCCUUGAAUCUGAAGUUGAACUUGGCCGCAAGGUCCGCCAUUACACAGUUAACUUCGGCCCUCAGCAUCCGGCUGCGCACGGUGUGCUCCGGUUGAUUUUGGAGCUCAAUGGAGAGGAAAUUAUUCGAGCAGACCCCCAUGUUGGAUUGCUGCAUCGCGGCACGGAAAAACUGAUCGAAUAUAAGACUUAUUUGCAAGCGCUGCCAUACUUUGAUCGAUUGGACUAUGUUUCGAUGAUGACGAACGAGCAAUGUUUUUCGUUGGCGGUGGAGAAACUACUUAACGUCGAGAUUCCAGAGCGGGCGAAAUGGAUUAGAACAUUGUUCGGGGAGAUCACCAGAGUCCUGAACCACCUCAUGUCGGUAUUAUCACACGCUAUGGACGUUGGAGCGUUAACUCCAUUCUUGUGGGGAUUCGAGGAGCGUGAGAAAUUGAUGGAAUUCUACGAACGUGUUUCGGGAGCCCGUCUACAUGCUGCAUAUGUUCGACCGGGAGGGGUUCAUCAAGAUAUCCCCCUCGGCCUCCUAGAUGAUAUCUACCAGUGGGCAACUCAAUUCGGCGACCGUAUCGACGAGACCGAAGAACUGCUUACCGACAAUCGUAUUUGGAAGGCUCGAACCCAGGGCAUUGGCGUAGUCACUGCCGCAGAGGCCCUCAAUUACGGCUUCACGGGAGUCAUGCUCCGUGGCUCCGGCGUUCCAUGGGACGUCCGCAAAUCCCAACCUUACGAUGCGUACGACCAAGUAGAAUUUGACGUCCCUGUAGGUGUCAAUGGAGAUUGCUAUGACCGAUACCUUUGCCGCAUGGAGGAGUUCCGCCAAUCCCUUCGCAUCAUCCACCAAUGCUUGAAUAAGAUGCCAGCAGGCCCCGUUCGCGUGGAGGACUACAAGAUCUCUCCGCCCCCGAAAGCUGCCAUGAAGGAGAACAUGGAAGCGCUCAUCCAUCACUUCCUCCUCUUCACAAAGGGAUAUGCAGUGCCUCCUGGCGAAACGUACUCCGCUAUUGAGGCACCCAAGGGUGAGAUGGGUGUGUUCCUCGUCAGCGAUGGCAGCGAACGACCAUACCGAUGCAAGAUUCGUGCUCCCGGUUUCGCCCAUCUGUCUUGUUUCGAUCAGGUUGCUAGAGGCCAUCUGCUAGCUGACGCAGUCGCAAUCAUUGGUACCAUGGAUCUCGUGUUUGGCGAAGUAGACAGAUAAUCGGAGAAUAUCAGCAUUAACCAUGAAGAGAACCCGCCUACUUACUCAUAGACAUGUUUAAUAAUCCUCUUCCCUCUUUUUUGCAAUUCUAGUAGAAAAGGGGUGGAAGAAGGAAAAGAGUUUUAAAAGAAAAAAAAAAUAGACAAACAAAUUUCUGUAUUUUUCUCCAAAAUCCCGCCCUGCUAUACCGUUCAAUAGGUCCAUCAACCCUCCACCUUGUAAAAUCUUUUCCAAAACCCGCGGACAGACUGUUGAUUCAUUUGAUUCUACUUUCCUUUUUUCCUUCCCAUUUCCUUUUCUUUUUGCAUAUCAGACUUCCUGAUCAAGUUCUCUUUUUGCUUUUCGUCCCCUGUACCGUUAUCCUCACGGGUGUCCAUCCGCAACUAUUGUUUCCCGCUACUCCAGUGUUCCCUAUUGUUACCUUCUAUCCUCUUUUUUUUUUUUUUUUUUUUUUUUUUUUUUUUUUACCUGUUCAGUAAAUAUUUAGCAUAGCAGAGGAUUUAAGCGGGAAAUAUUUAAAUUUGUCCUCUUAUUUUUCAUUUUCCAUUGUUCAUGUUUGUUUUUUAACGACCGCAUUGAACCCUUAUGUGUUGCAUAGACCACUGACAGGGAGCUGAGGAAAAAGAAAUUAAAAAUGCGGCCGCAUAAUAUUUAUAGUCUCAUUCAUAACACAUCAACCGAUGUAAAAAGCAGAACGAUGCUAGCAGAAUACGAAUCCCUCAACUAAAACGGGCAAAAUGACGAAGGGAGACAAAAAGAAAAGAAGUGUGUAUAUGUGUAUAGUCCUAGAACAACCUUGCAUUCCCCCUUCUCUUCUCUCCUGCCUAUUUCGUGAGCACAUAAACAUAAAAUCUCAACAUAUACAUAGCCAUCUAUCUAUCAACCAUACUAAU